AUGACAUUAUCUCUGCAGGAAGAAUUACUGAUCCCACAUAUGCCUGAGAGCAACUAUAACUAUGAUCCUCCCAUACCCACAAGUAGAUUAGAGAGGCUCUUGAGAGAAAGAGAACUAAGAAGGUUCCCUCGGUCUUUUCGUUUUAAUGAAGAUUUAAGAGACAACAACGGAAAGGUGGAUACUUUUGGAAAUGGAUAUUACCCAUCUGGUGGUGAUAAGGGAGUUCGAGAAGAUAAUUUAUUUGAACAGAUUGCUACAUCAAAAUCCCUGAAUGAUGGCUUAGAGAGAUCAGAUGAUUGA